ACGGGGGCGGGAUUUCCGGGUUUGGAUGCACGAUAGUAACGGAAGUAGAAGUGGGCAGAGAAAAUGGCCUCUGUCAAGGUGACGCAGGACCUGCCUCCCCCCGGGGGCUACGGUCCGGUGGAUUAUAAGAGGAACGUCCCUCGAAGGGGGCUCUCAGGUUACAGCAUGUUUGGGAUUGGAGUCGGGAUUUUAAUCUUUGGCUACUGGCGGCUCUUCAAGUGGAACAGAGAACGACGGCGCCUCCAAAUUGAAGAUCUGGAAGCCCGUAUUGCAAUGAUGCCUUUGUUGCAAGCUGAACAGGAUAGGAGGUACCUACGUUUAUUACGGGAGAAUCUUGAGGAGGAGGCGAAAAUUAUGAAGGAUGUUCCUGGAUGGAAGGUGGGUGAGAGUGUUUACCACUCCGAUCGCUGGUUUACGCCCUCGGUGGAGGAAUUGUUUAACCUUCGGCCUCGGGAGGAGUACCUCCGAGUAAAGUACGGGUUCCAGUGGUACGUGUGAGCAUGCUGCAAAGCUAUCUGGACUCCUGAAGAGCGUCCCCUCCAUAAAAUCUCUUCUGUGUGUGGAAUUGUUAAUAAAAGUUGUAUAUAUUUGGCA